AUGAUAAAUAUUAAAGUUUUACUAGAAUUGAAACGUAUUGAAACUGAACAUUAUCUUCAACUUCCGGGAAAUGAUCAUGGCUCUUUUUUGGUUCGAAUCAGUGAAUCUCAAUCCAGUGAAUAUUCUUUAUCAGUACGAGAAGAGAAUACUGCUAAGCAUUAUCGUAUUCAACCAAAAUAUUCACGAACUGACCCUACAUUAAAACGUUUCUACAUUUCAAGACGACUGCCUUUUGUUAAUAUUCAACAUCUAGUCAAUCAUUAUUUAGAGAAUCAAUCUAGUUUAUGUUGUCGAUUAGGAAAACCAUGUAUUCGACCAACUCAUCCAGAAACUGUGGGUCUUUCACACAAACUUAUUGAUAAAUGGGAAGUUCCAAUUAUUUUGAAAGAAAAAAUUGGACAAGCUCAAACAAUGAAACGCUUACAUCAUCCUAAUCUGAUACAAUUGUACGCUGUUUCAACACAAACAAAACCUUUCUAUAUAGUUACAGAAUAUAUGUCCAAAGGUUCUUUACUAAACUACUUACGAUCUUCUGAAGGUCAUGCACUAGAUAUGCAAUGUUUAAUUAUGAUGGCUGCUAAAAUAGCUUAUGUUAUGGCGUAUCUUACUACUACUACUACUACUACUACUACUACUACUACUACUACUACUACUACUACUACUACUACUACUACUACUACUACUACUACUACUACUACUACUACUACUACUACUACUACUACUACUACUUCUACUACCAUUCUCAAUGGAUUCUGA